CGUCCAACACUGUCCGCUUUCAUCGCCAAAGCGGACCACCAGCCCUCGCUGUUCGAGAAGAUGGCGCUGCCAUUGCCCAUGUGCCCUCCACCAUGAUGGCCGGGCUGCCAGCGGCACCACUGCCGCCCACCGACGUCCUGCGCAGCCUGCGUAUUGGCAAGGUCAAGCCCUUCCCGGGCCAGAACAAAGUCCGCUCCGCCAUCAACAAGCUGCCCCAGCAAGGCCGCAUCUAUGUCUCCCCGCUCGGCCUCACUGGUGACGAGCAGCAGUUUGAGCUGCACGGCGGGCCUGACAAGGCGCUGCACCAGUACUGCUCGGCCCACUACCCGCUCUGGAACGAGCUCGCCCCGGGCCGCGAGUCCCUCUUCAAGGUCGGCGGGUUUGGUGAGAACCUGUCCGCGGAGCUGCUCCACGAGGGCAAUAUCUGCAUCGGCGACAAGUUCCGCCUCGGGCCCGAAGUCGUCAUCCAGGUCAGCGAGCCCCGGCAGCCGUGCUACAAGCUCAACAUGCGCUUCGAGUACAAGAAGGCGUCCAGCACGGCCCAGUCCACGGGCCGCACGGGCUGGUACUACCGCGUGCUCGUCCCGGGCCAUGUCCAGCAGGGCGACCGCUUCGAGCUGCUCGAGCGGCUGCACCCAAUAUGGUCCGUCUCGCAGGUGCAGAACUUUCUAUAUCAUGACACGGCAAAUGUAGAAGCCUCCACCGUGCUGAGCCAGCUGCCCGAGCUGAGCAAGUACAUCCGCGACAUCUUCACCGCGAGACUCGUCAACGGCGUGGAGAACAUGGCUGGCCGCCUCGAAGGAGAUCGCCUGCCCGUGGUCUGGCGGCCGUAUCACCUCGUCGAAAAGACCGAUGUGACCCGCCGCGUGAAGAGGCUGGUGUUCGAGGUUAACGAGAGCCAUGCGGAUAUCGAGCCAGGCCAGCUGGAAUUUGGCCAGUUUCCGCACGUCCGUCUGCAAUUCGGGCCCGAACUGGCCUUCUCGCGCGCAUACUCCGUCGUCGCAGGUGACAUGCGGCGUUUCGAGCUCGGCGUCGCCCGUGAUGACAACUCGCGUGGGGGGUCCGUGUACAUGCACGACGAGUUCCUGGUCGGCGACAAGACCAAGGUCGCCAAGGGGUCUGAAGCGCCUGCACCUUCGACCUUGAACGGUCAUGGAAAAGACUGCCUCGCCGAUACCCGCAAGCACAUAUUCAUCAUUGGCGGUAUCGGCAUUACCGCUUUUCUGCGCGACCUCAUCUCGCCAGCCUCACCACUCAACCCGGCCAACAACAACAACAACACCGAGAUCCACUACGCAGUCCGCUCCCACGAGGAAGCAGCAUAUCUGUCCCUUCUCCCAGCCGCACAGACCACAAUCUACGCCAAACACCAGCACGAAUCUGCUGCUGCCGCCCCCGCUGGCACGGCCCAGCGCCUCGAGCCCAAGGCCGUCAUCCCGGCCAGCCCGGCCAACGUGGCAAUCUACUGCUGCGGGCCAACCUCCCUGAUGGAAGAGUGCCAGAAGCUCACAACGCAGUACGCCUACCCGCGCGCCCAGGUGCACUUUGAGUCCUUUGGCUCCGCCGAGUCCGGCACGGGCCAACCGUUCGAGGUGGAGAUCAAGCGGUCCGGAAAAGUGCUGCAGGUCCCCCGGGACAAGUCCCUGCUCGAGGUGCUGACCGAAGUCGGGUUCGACGUGGACAGCUCAUGUCUGGUCGGGAACUGCGGGAGCUGUGUGGUGGAUUACUCGUGCGGCGGGAGGAAGGAGAGGAGGGGAGGGGCGACGGCAACAACGAAGAAUAACAAGGGUCGAAGGGACGAGGGAGAGGCGGCUGCGGCUGAUGGGGACAGCGAGGAGGGGGGCAGGUCGAGCAUCGGGGCUUGGCGCUCGAGGAAGCACAGAAGGAGGAUAGCCUGCUCAGCUGUGUCAGUCGUGCGAGAGGUCGGAUCAUUGUUGAUGUCUGAGACGACUUAUUAAAACUUUUCGAGGUUCUGAAGCAGGACAAAUGGAGACUCAUUUUGGCUGAGAAUGGAGGAGACAGACAGAUAUCGAGUGAUUACUAGAUCUUUGAAGAUUCGCGCACUGGGAAAAGGUGAUCCUGCAUCAUGUCCAUAUCACGGAC